UUUCCCGCUGUGUGGUGUAGUGGUGGGGAGGGUACGGUGGUGUUGCGAAGGUAUAUAUAUGGGAUUCGCUGUGUAUUUUCGGCGUUAGAUGUCAUUUAUGUGCAUGGAAGCGGGACUUAAGUAACCUCUUUAAUACAAAUGGUAGGACUGUGAAAGUCACAGGACACCUUACUAAGUUUUAGCGACGAAGAAGUGCUGCAACCAGCGGUUGACAUAGGCUCCUUAGAUUUAACUUGCAUUGUCAUCUGUGGUUAUUGUGAAGGGACGAGCGGUAUCAAAGGUUGAGUGCAGGGUAUUUGUCUGUACAAAGCUGUGCAAAAUUUUCCCUGGCUAGACAUUUUGAAGAGCCUAACAAUGGGAAAUUCAUCAAGUUCAUCUGCCAAAGAAAAGGAUGCUCCUGCGAUGGACAAACAAUCAAGCAAUUGCUCUAAUAUAGUGACAGGGACAGUACCAACAUCUGCAGCAAUGAAGUUUCCCAUGCCUGAUAUAGAAACUCUAGAAGACAAAUUCAGCAAAGUCCUGGCUUCGAUGGAUCUGCCACCUGACAAGGCGAAGGUCUUACGACAGUACGAUAGUAGCCGCAAAUGGGAGAUGAUUUGUGACCAGGAACGGGUAUCAGCCAAACAGUCACCGGCGUAUUACCUGAACAAGCUGCGCACGUACCUGGACCCGAAGGCCUCCAGGAGUCACAGGAAGCGACGGCUGAUGGGCGACUCGACGUCCACCCAGGUACUGCGCGACCUCGAAAUUUCGCUGCGCACCAACCACAUCGAAUGGGUGCAGGAGUUCCUGGACAAGCACAACGCGGGCCUGGAGGUGCUGGUCGACUACCUCUCGUUCCGACUGAUGUUGAUGCGGCACGAGCAGCGCGUGACGCAGCAGCUGGAGGAGGAGGAGACGGAGGCGGAGGCGGAGGCGCUGCCGCGGUUUGAGCGUGUCACCUGGGCGCGGCAGAGCUACAUUGGCCAGCUGGACACGCUAAAGCUGAAGCGGGCCUCGCGACACAUGAGCAAGCUGAACAUGGGCGACACCAAGGACGACAUCCACGUCUGCAUCAUGUGUCUGCGGGCCAUCAUGAACAACAAGUACGGCUUUAACAUGAUUAUUGAACACCAAGAGGCCAUCAACAAUAUCGCCCUCAGCCUUAACCACAAGAGCUUACGCACCAAAGCGCUGGUACUGGAGCUGCUGGCCGCCAUCUGUCUGGUGAAGGGCGGCCACCAGAUCAUCCUGGGCGCAUUCACUAACUUCAAGGAAGUGUGCGCCGAAGAGCGCCGCUUCCAGACGCUCAUGAAGUACUUCGUCCAGUUCGAGGUCUUUCAAAUCGAGUUCAUGGUGGCCUGCAUGCAGUUCGUCAACAUCGUGGUGCACUCGGUGGAGGACAUGAACUUUCGCGUGCACCUGCAGUACGAGUUUUCCAUGCUGGGUCUGGACAGCUACUUGGAGAAGCUGCGCCAGACGGAGAGCGAGGAGCUGCAGGUCCAGAUCUCGGCGUACCUGGACAACGUGUUCGACGUGGCCGCGCUGAUGGAGGACUCGAUGACUAAGGCCGCCUACAUCGAGCGGGUGGAAGAGCUGGAGUCUGAGCUGGCGCAAACGCAGGAGGAACUGCAGGAGGCCGAGGCGCGGGCGCUGCAGAAGGUGGCCGACGCCGAGCUGGCAGCCGCUGAGGUCCGCCGAGAGCGUGACCAGCUGCUGGAGCAGGCGCAGCAGAUCACGGAGGAAGUCACCACCCUGCGCCGUGCCGUCACCGAGAAAGAGGAGGAGUCACAGCAGCGGCAAUCAAUGCUGGAGACGAAGAUCCAGGAGCUGGAGACGCUCUCCAAGACGCCGCAGCCGGCCACCGGGGCCGGCGGUGCGGUGGCGCCGGUGGACUCGGUGGCCGCCCCGCCAGCAUCAGCUGCACCGCCCCCUCCUCCGCCUCCACCUCCACCACCACCGCCGCCGCCGCCGCCGCCGCCGCCGCAACCGCUGGGACGGGGCGGACCGCCGCCGCCCCCGCCGCCGCCCGGCCAGCUGCAGCUGCCGGCCGACAGCUCGCUCACCAUCAAACGCCGCCUGCAGACGAAAUACAAGCUGCCAACGCUCAACUGGACGGCGCUCAAGCCGAACCAGGUGCGUGGAACCGUCUUCAACGACCUUGACGACGAGAAAAUGCUGGCCGUGAUCGACUUCGGCGAUUUCGAGGAGAACUUCAAGAUUGGCACUAGCGUGCUGGCGAACGGCUCUGCAGACGGGACAGACGGCCUGGCGACGCUCGGCAGCAAACGGAUGAAGCGCCCCGAGCGCACCUCCCUGCUGGAGCACACGCGGCUGAGGAACAUAGCCAUAUCCCGGAGAAAGCUGGACCGGCCGGUGGAGGAGGUAGUCAGGUCCAUCAACCUGCUGAGCCUAAAGGAGCUGCCGCUGGAGCUGGUGGAGCUGCUCCAGAGGAUGGUACCCACCGAGGAGGAGACCAAGCUGUACCGUCGGUACGAGGCGGACAAGAAGGACGUGUCGGCCCUGACAGACGAGGACCAAUACCUGAUCCAGCUGUCGCGCGUGGAUCGGCUGGCCAACAAGCUGGCCGUCAUGGCCUACAUGGGAAACUUCUUCGACAACAUGCACCUCAUUCAGCCGCAAAUCCACGCUGUGGUGGCCGCCUCCAACUCUGUGAGCCACUCGAAGCGGUUCCGACGCGUGCUCGAGGUAAUCUUGGCCUUCGGCAACUACAUGAACAGUGCCAAACGUGGCCCGGCCUACGGCUUCAAGCUGCAGUCGCUGGACAACCUGACGGACACCAAGUCGACGGACCGACGGCGCUGCCUGCUGCACUACAUCGCGCAGACUAUCCACGAGCGCGUCCCGGAGGCGGUCGGCUUCGAAGCCGAGCUGACGUUCGUCGAGAAGGCGGCCCAGGCGUCGCUGGAGAACCUCGGUGCAGACGUGCACGAGCUGGAGAAGGGCAUGGAGACGGCGCGGCGCGAGAGCUUCGUGCGGCAGAAUGUCAAAGACGAAGCCAUGAAGGUGACUCUGCGCGACUUCGUGGGCAACGCCGAGGAGAAGCUGCGACGGGUGCGGGCCGAGUACACGUCUGCGCAGGAAGCGUUCAGCCGCGUAGUGGAGCUGUUCGGCGAGAGCACACGCACCACCAACACCACCACCUUCUUCGCCACGCUCAGCCGCUUUGUGAAGGCCUUCCAGAACGCCGUGAAGGAGAACGAGCAACGCCGGAAGCUGGAGGCGGCGGCCACCGCCGCGGCAGCGGCGCAGAGCGACAACAACAACGUCACCAACGUGGCCAAGCGCAACAAGAUCAAUGUCAAGAAACAGCAGGGCGAGGUGAUCCAGGAGCUGGAGACGCGCGCGCAUGGAGGCGACGUCCGCGAGAAGAAGCUGCUUGGCCAGGAGGAGGUGUACCACGGUGCGCUCGAGGACAUCCUGCUGGGCCUGAAGAACGAGCCGUACCGGCGCGCCGACGCUGUCCGCCGCAGCAGCCAGCGCAAGCGCGCCGAGACGGCCCGGCUGUCUCGUGGCUUCGAUCCCCUGGACGUGUGACGGGCCAGCCGCGGCCGCCGGCGGCCUACGCGCCGCCGGCUUCAUCUGUGAUAGCGCGCGCCCGGACAGUGCCGCGUGUAGUCAUCCAGUGGCUUAGCGUCGUGCCAUAGGCGUUUUGUUCCCAGUGAAGUGGUGAUUGGUGAGUGAGUUACGGAGGGCGGAUGUGAUGUGGCGCCAGUGUCGUUUUGCGAGUUGCUGUUGUUGGAGGUAGUGAUGGUCCACCGGCGGGACCGGAGGUCCCCGUGUGUGCGGACCGGGACCACGGUCGUCUGUACCUCGAUGACCGCGUCCGGCGGCGGGCGACGACUCGCGGCCGUGUUUUGUAUCUCCGCGAGAACACACCGUCACUGAGCCGCCCAUUCCUGAGUUCAGAUAAGCUGAAGGAAAUGGUGGGCCGGGCUGUAGACGGCGUGUAACGUGGAAAGACUAGAUUAAAGCUGCCUUCCCAAAGACAAAGCGUUUGCUGUAUGUUGGUCACAUCAAGUUCUUGAAUGUAUGCGUUGAUUCAGAAAUGAAUACGCGUAAACGAUUUACGGUAAUGCGGUUGUUUCUAUGGU